AAAUCCCUGUGGGGGCUGCUGGGACGUCACAGAAGGUGAAAGUCUGGCCCAGCAGCCUUCCCCAGCCAGGCAAGAAGCAACAAGGUUCAAGAAUACACUGCUCCAGGCUCCGAGGGUCCUGAACGUUCAGGAAGUUGGUGCGGACAAUGUUCAUCUUGCUUGUGUUAGUAACUGGGGUUUCUGCUUUCACCACUCCAACAGUGGUGCACACAGGACAGGUUUCUGAAUCUCCCGUUACAUCAGAGAAGCACACAGUCCAUGGAGACAACUGCCAGUUUCGUGGCAGAGAGUUCAAAUCUGAAUUGAGGCUGGAAGGUGAACCUGUGGUUCUGAGGUGCCCCCUGGCACCUCGCUCCAACAUCUCCAGCAGUUCCCACAGCCUUCUGACCUGGAGUAAAUUGGACUCUACUCAGCUGAUCCCAGGAGAUGAGCCAAGGAUGUGGGUGAAGGGUAACACACUCUGGGUUCUUCCAGCAGUGCAGCAAGAUUCUGGUACCUACAUUUGCACAUUCAGAAACGCAUCGCACUGUGAGCAAAUGUCUGUGGAACUCAAGGUCUUUAAGAAUACUGAAGCGUCUCUGCCUCUUGUCUCCUACUUGCAAAUCUCAGCUCUCGCCACCACGGGGUUAUUAGUGUGCCCUGACCUGAAAGAAUUCAUCUCCAGCAACGCUGAUGGAAAGAUACAGUGGUAUAAGGGCUCCAUACUUUUGGAUAAAGGCAAUAAGGAAUUUCUGAGUGCAGGAGACCCCACACGCCUAUUGAUAUCCAACACAUCCAUGGACGAUGCAGGUUAUUACAGAUGUGUUAUGACACUUACCUACAAUGGCCAGGAAUACAACAUCACUAGGAAUAUUGAGCUCCGGGUCAAAGGAACAACCACGGAACCCAUCCCUGUCAUCAUUUCUCCCUUGGAGACAAUACCAGCCUCAUUGGGGUCAAGACUGAUAGUCCCGUGCAAAGUGUUUCUGGGAACUGGUACAUCUUCCAGCACCAUUGUGUGGUGGAUGGCUAACAGCACGUUUAUCUCGGCGGCUUACCCAAGAGGCCGUGUGACCGAGGGGCUACACCACCAGUACUCAGAGAAUGAUGAGAACUAUGUGGAAGUGUCGCUGAUUUUUGAUCCAGUCACAAAGGAGGACCUGAAUACAGAUUUUAAAUGUGUUGCCUCGAAUCCACGGAGUUCUCAGUCACUCCAUACCACAGUGAAAGAAGUCUCUUCCACGUUCUCCUGGGGCAUUGCGCUGGCACCUCUGUCUCUGAUCAUCUUGGUUGUGGGGGCAAUGUGGAUGCGCAGACGGUGUAAACGCAGGGCUGGGAAGACAUAUGGGCUGACCAAGCUACAGACUGACAACCAGGACUUCCCUUCCAGCCCAAACUAAAUAAAGGAAAUGAAAUAA